AUGCCUCCUGUCGCUCCUAGAUCCGGCGAUGCCAUAUUCGCUAAUGUUGAGCGCGUUAAUGCGGAGCUUUUUACUUUGACUUAUGGUGCCAUUGUGCGUCAAUUGCUCACGGAUCUGGAAGAGGUUGAGGAGGUUAACAAGCAGCUUGAUCAAAUGGGUUAUAAUAUUGGAAUCCGUUUGAUUGAUGAGUUCUUAGCUAAGUCUAAUGUCUCAAGAUGCAAUGAUUUUAGAGAGACUACUGAUGUAAUUGCAAAGGUUGGUUUUAAAAUGUUCCUUGGUGUUACUGCAUCCGUGACCAAUUGGGAUGCGGAUGGGACAUGUUGUAGUAUUGUUUUGGAGGAUAAUCCCUUAGUAGAUUUUGUUGAGCUUCCUGACAACUGCCAAGGUCUGUACUAUUGCAACAUAUUAAGUGGAGUCAUUAGAGGAGCCUUAGAUAUGGUGUCAAUGAAGACUGAGGUAACUUGGCUCCGUGAUGUGCUUCGAGGUGAUGAUGUGUUUGAGUUGCAGGUAAAACUUCUGAAGCAUGUUCCAGAAGAGUAUCCAUACAAAGACGAUGAGUGA